UCAUGCAGAUCAGCAUGUACCCCCUCUUCAAAAAUGCCAUAGAGCAAUGCAUUUAUUUCAUCAGAUCGAUAGUUAUGUGUAAUAUAUUUUAAAACCACUGAUCGUAAAAGUCGUAUCAUUGGAAUGUUAAAGGAAGAUGAUGAGGACUUUGAGGAAGAAGAUGAGGAAGAUUGUAGAUCUGCAAAAAGAGGGAACAUUUCAGCUGUCCUUUCUGCCAUCUCCAGUGUUGUGUCUGGUUUUCUCGGGAACUGGAUUUGUUUUAAAGCAUCAGAUAUGUUAAAUGUACCAUCUCAGUCUUUUCCGGCAGCUGGAUCCCAGCAGAGAGUCGCACCAACCGGACAGUCCAGAAAUAAGGUGGCGCUAAAGCCGGGUCACAGUCUCUUGGACUGGAUCCGACUGACCAAGAGUGGACGUGAUUUGACUGGACUGAGAGGUCGACUGAUUGAGGUGACAGAAGAGGAGCUGAAGAAACACAACACCAGAAACGACUGCUGGACCUGCAUUAGAGGUAUGGUCUAUAACGUGAGUGCCUACAUGGAUUUCCACCCUGGUGGGGAGGAGCUAAUGAGGGCUGCUGGGAUUGAUAGCACUGACCUGUUUGACCAGGUCCAUCGGUGGGUGAAUUAUGAGUCCAUGCUGAAGGAGUGUCUGGUGGGGAGGAUGGCAGUGAAGCCCAGUCCUGCUCUUCAAGCUCAGACAGAGAAGACGGAGAGCGCUCACAUGAACGGUUUGUCUGUUCCUCCACCUUCAAGACAGGAGCCCUUAUCUUCUCCUCUCCCUGCCAAAGAUCAUCGCCCUCGAUAUUAUUGGUUCCAGACAGAUGGCACUGUCAAUAUCAUUGUUUACACCAAACGAAAGAUUCCCAGUGCUGGCUGUGCAGUGGUGGAUCUACAGGGUGAUACUCUUCGGGUGGAGAUGCUUUUGGGGAAGAUGUCGUACCUUCUCUACUGGCGCCUGUCUAGUGAAGUUCAAGGACGUGUUGAUGUCCAGACAGCCCACUCUGUAGGAAAAGUUCAGGUUUGUCUGCACAAAUCUGUCAAAGACAAGUGGACGAAAGUGGGGCAACCACUAGAACACCAUGACACAUUUAUUCAGUGUAAAGAUCGUGAGCUCUCCUACAGGGAAUGCGUGUUGGUUUCGAAAUCAGACGUCACACACGACACGCAGGUCUUGUGUUUACAACUUCCUCCAGGGUCAAAUAUGCAAGUUCCUGUGGGGAGACACGUCUACCUCAAAACAUCUCUCCAGGGUACAGAUGUUGUGAAACCCUACACACCAGUGGAUCAGUCGCUAAUACCUCCCUCACAAUCCAGUGCUGAAAUGGGCUCAGACUUAAAUCUUAUGAUAAAGAUCUAUCCUGAUGGAUUGUUGACCUCGCAUCUCGCCAGCCUUCCUAUUGGAUCCUCUCUGUCAGUAGGUGGUCCUGAGGGGUCCUUCAGUAUGCGAAUCCUGCAUGAUGUCACUCAUCUCUACAUGUUAGCAGCCGGCACAGGCUUCACACCCAUGGCUCGUCUCAUACGGCUGGCUCUACAAGACCUCGCAUCAAUCAGAAAAACCAAGCUGAUGUUCUUUAACCGUCAGGAGCGGGACAUACUUUGGUGCUCUCAGCUGGAUGAACUUUGUACAAAAGAGGAAAGGUUUGAGGUGGAGUACGUUCUGUCGGAGCCUACAGACUCUUGGAAAGGCAGAAGAGGGCGGAUAGAUGCUUGUAUGCUGCGGAACUUCCUGGAGAGACCAGAAAAAGCCAAGUGUUUAGUGUGUGUGUGCGGCCCAACCAGAUUCACAGAGUUAGCAGUGCAAUUGGUCAGACAGCUGGACUUCAGUGAAGAGGAAAUUCAAAUUUUUCAGGGCUGAUUGGGACACUGAAGUGAAACAUGGAUUACUUAUACACAUACUUAAAGAUUAUACCUAUGCAUAUAAAAUGCACUUUCCAGUCAAAACAAAAGCUGCAAGCCGUUCUUCUAUAUUUCCUUAUAAUUUGUAGAAAUCUAAUGGGACAAUCAAAAGCCUGCACUGACAAACAUCAGAAGUUUGUUUCUCAACAUUUCUAUUAUUAUUAUUAUUAUUAUUAUUAUUAUUAUUAUGAUUUUGUAAUUUAAAAUAAUGCUCAAUAAUUCUCCUAGGUUAGUUUUUACAAUAAAAAUAUGAUCAGUUGUGUUUUCUGCAUUUGUUUUUCAGAUAUUUUCAUGACAUGGAAGAUUUAGAGCACUUGUGUAAUGCAGCUAAAACAUAACUUAAUUGAAAAAGCAAUCCAUGCAAACAGUUUUGUUGCUGUGUCUUCAUAUUGCAAAUUGAAAUGGGUCAGUAAAUCAGGUUGCAAGAGAUGGGCUAUUUUACAAGUAAAGUUAUUGCUGUUUGGAAAUGCUAAUCUGACUGCCGAAUUAAAGUUUAUUUUAUCUCAGCGUAUGUACAGAUAAAAUUGUAAUAUGUUAAAUUAUCAAACUGGAAUUAAAUUUCCCUACAAAAAUGUAAACUCCAGAAAUACAAUUUGUCCCUCUAGUGCUGUUGUGUCUCAACUGAAAUCUGUAAACUUGUAUCACAGGUCUGAUGUCAGUUUAGAAGGGGAUGAAAAGUUUAAUUGGGUAAAAACAAUCUAUUAUAGCAAAGCACUUUCUGUUAUACUAGCAAACCAGGUUGCUCUUGAAAUUAUGGAUGGAGAAACGAGGACUCUUGAAUCUUUGAAGCUUUUCGCCAUAGGCUUAUAUAUAUAAAAAAAAAAUCUUAGCAAAUGGACUUGAACCUCAAUAACCAGUAGAGAACUGGUCUGGGUUCAAAUAUUCUGACACAAGUGGUGCUUUUGCACUGCAUGGUACGAUUCGGCUCGGCUCGCUUGCUUUUCCACUGCAAUUAGUGGGUGGGAUUAUAGACUAGUUGGGCCGCCUCUGCUGCCGUGACAUCAUUGUAAACGCGCAAAACAAGAGCAAUGGAGCCUAUCGAUGAAAUGGUGUUCUUGAUUCUCGGCAUGUGGAUGUUUUUCACUGCAAGACGAAGAAGUUUGUUUCAAAAGAGGAUGAUGGCAACAAAGCAAAAUACAAGAGAGUCUGGGAACUCGUACAGCAAAGCGUAGACGGCAACAUCACUUGGUUUGCACGAGGGUAAGCUAAUCUUGCAUCUAGCAAUGUGUUUAGGGUCUCAAUCGCUAUAUCACCACAAAGCAUAUAAUGAACUUAGCUGCCAAUAUUGCGUAUUAAAAAAGUAUUUUGUGUAUUUCAGAUCUAUCAUAUUUUGCAAAGUCGCCCCGCCACAGACCAUCUCGCUGGACAUUUAACCGAGCUUAACCGAGUGGUAGGAUGUUAUUGUCCCCGGCUUUACAAUCUCUCAGUGGCUGGAGAACUUUAGAAUGUCCAAUGAAACAUUUACCUACUUGUGCAACAACCUGCGUCCAGCGAUGGAGAGACGGGACACAAACUUCUCUGUGUGUGUGUACCUUUAAAGAAGAGAGUAGCCAUCGCACUGUGGAAGCUUGCAACCGGCUCUGAGUACAGAAGUGUUGGACAUCUUUUUGGAAUCAGGAGAAGUUUCAAGAAAAGGCUGCCUACAACAGGUGAGGGGUUCCCACAGUGUAUUGGUGCUAUUGAUGGAUCACACAUACCCAUCAUAGCACCACAGGACUAUCGCUGACUGUUUCAACCAUAAAGGCUGGCGCUCCAUCAUCCUUCAAGGUAUUGUAGAUGGAAAGGGACUUUUCUGGAAUGUUUUCACAGGACUGCCUGGAAGCCUGCAUGAUGCUCGGGUUUUGACACUGUCCAGACUAUGGGAAACCACAUACACCAGAAACAUUGGUGGGGUGAAUGUUGGCUACUACAUCCUAGGCGACUCUUCCUAUCCCUUGCAGAAUUAGCUCUUAAAACCAUUCGUUGACACUUGACUGCUGACAGCAGAACAGCAGGUCUACAACAUGAAAAUCUGCAGAGCACGUGUAGUGGUUGACAAUGCUUUUGGAAGAUUAAAAGGAAGAUGGCGUUGCCUUAUGAAAAGAAAUGACUGUGCGGUCAACCUUGUGAAAUCUAUGGUGCUGACAUGCUGUGCUCUACAUAACCAUUUUGAGAGUCAUGGAGAGGCCUACGAGAAUGCAUGGGAUUCACCUUCAGCAGCGAAGCCUGUGGUGGCACUUGCACUAGCUGUAGAGGAUGAGGGCAGGGAUGUAUGUGAAGGUCUGAUGCGUUACUUGAAUGGUUAACUAUUCAUAUAGCCUCAACCGAGGUGGUACUAUUUAAGCGAGCCAUACCUUGAAGUGGAAAC